CCGGAGUCUCGGGACAGCCGGUCGCUUCUUCGCUGGCUGCCCCGUUCAGUAGAGGAGAUUCGCGAACACCGGCCUGAUGCUCGUAGAAUACCUUGCCUGUGCGUAUAUAUUUUCGUUCAGGCAGUUUUUUUUUCUGAAGCAGGCGAAGUUUCAUCUGUGAUUGUGUCUAUCCUGUGAUUGGUGGCCCUGUUCACCGGCGUAGCUUUUGUGCAGAAGUGCUCCCCUCUUCGAAGACGUAUAGUGACCGGAUUCGCGUGUAUUGUAGUGCCUCCUUUUGUGGUGCCGCAACGAACUUCGCUCUGCGUACCGGAAUAAUACUGCGUUUGGACAUCGUUCCGGCUCGGCUUCGGCCAUGAGCGCGUCGCGCUACGCUUCGUCGGCAGUGUGACCAUUGAUGCUGACCCCUUCGCGUCGCCUCGGCUGCAGCAGCCAGAAUGAACGCAGGUUCCACACAAGCCAGAGCAACGAACGACUACGCCUAAACAACCGAAUUUCUUAAAACCGACUCCAUUUGAGAGCAUCGACCACAAUGACUUCAGCGUGGAGCCAGCUAGACCAGCUGCUAACGUGCGCAAUCUGUCUCGACCGAUACCGGAACCCGAAGCUGCUACCAUGCCAGCACUCGUUCUGCGCAGACCCUUGCUUGGAAGGGUUGCAGGACUACGCGCGGCGGCAGAUAAAAUGUCCAGAGUGUCGCGCCGAGCACCGCAUCCCGUACAACGGCGUGCAGACGUUCCCCACCAACGUGACGCUGAUGAGGUUCCUCGAGCUGCACCGCGACAUCACGGGAGAAGAACCCGAGCCACUGCCUUCGUCCAUGGAACGUUGUCACGUGUGCAGCGAGAAGAGCCUCGUGAGUCGAUGUUCGCACUGCGAGAAGAAGAUCUGCGAGACGUGCAAAGAGGCGCACUUGGACAUCAUGCGCCGGGAGAUCAGCCGCAUUUGCAAUCAAGUUCGCAGGUGUCUGAACCGGCUGAGCGACCACCUCGCGCAGAACAACAAGAACCAGGACAAGCUAUCGCAGAAUUGCGCGCUUGUGAAAGAGGAGCUGGAUGACCUCAUCAACCGUUACAUCAAAGACCUGCAGCUGGUUCACAAUAAGCUUAAGACCGAGAUAGACGUGUAUUUGCAGCAGGAGCUAAAGCAGCUGUCCGCGCUUUCCGAGGAUGUGGAGACAGAGGUUAACAACAUUACAUCCAACUGCGACGUCGUUGAGAAAUACGUCAACGACGACACUGAGUGGACGGACUCUGAGCUCGUCGAGUACAAGGAGAUAUUCUCGAAGACUCUCGAAUUCCUAAGGAACUUUGAUCCGGACACGUCUGAUUUUACGAGGCGGGUUAAGCUCCAGAUCCACACGGACCCUGACGCGCUGCAUCGCACGUUGGCCAACCUGGGAGAGCUCAAGUUCAACACGCCAAUCACGCAAUCGUCAUCAAAUCUCAACGUGCCCCAGCUAAACCUUGGUUCAUCCGGAGGCGGCACGGCCAACGCGCUGAUGCGAAGUCAGAGCGACCAUCGCCUCGCGGUGCAAUUCCAAAAGAAGCAGGACGCUACGCGGUCGAUGCUAGACAUUGGCCAGCGGUACGGUGGCCAUCUCAGUGACUCCGACCGAGAUGGCAGCUUUGAGGGUCCUUCUUCAAUGUAUUCUAGAAAUCGCAAUAGAGACAAUAGUGAGAACUCCAUUUUAAGAAGAUACGGGCCUGAUCGGGGCAGGGAUAACGACAAUGCAGACAGCCGACUCUCGAACCGCUAUGGAAGUCGCUUCGAAGACAGGUCCUGGAGGGACGAAGGAACGGGUGGAAGUCAUCAUAGCUUUAGAUCUCGUUACGCGCGUGAGCUUAUGGACGACGAUUCAGAAGGACUGAGUAGCCAUACUCGGAACGUCCGCUUCGAGGAACCACCACCUCCACGGGAGAAAGUGUUUGACACAGAUGAUGCGACCCGCGGUCCCCUCAGCGGCGUCGUAAAGCUCAGUGAUUCGGCCAAAUUCAUGGAACGCCUCCACGAGAACCAGAUCAGACAGAAGCAGAAACAGGCCGAGAAGGAGCGGCUGGAGAACGAACCACCUCCUGCUCCGGUGGUUCCCGUGCCGCCGCCGAGGAGACCACCGUCGAGGCAGCUUAGUGAGGACGAAGUCGAGAAGCAGAAAAAGGCAGCCAACCAAGCCGCGGCCGCGUCCACUUCUACGCCCGCCACGUCACCGCCGCCGUCCCUGGACACGAGGCCAUCGCAGCUACGGCGACUCGCACCCAAGGACGACGUCCCGUCUCGGGCGACACCUCCGGACUCUCCGAGGACGCCGACGCCACGCCAGAGUUCCAUUGAGAGCACACCCGCGCAGUCCCGGAGGAGUUCUACGGCUUCUGAAGACACGACGGCCAGCACAACUACGGCGGCCAGUGACUCGAUGAGGUCGCGACAGCGCCGUGCCAUCGAGGAGGAGCCACUGUCCAGGAGGGAGCUGUCCUCAACUGCACCCAAGCCUUCGACGCCCGCCAGGUCCACUCGCGCGCCGCUGGCCAAGGCCGUAUCUCUAGACCACGACGAUCGCCGCCGACCGACAGAUGACAGGAAGAAAGAGGAAGUGAUGACGAGGGCCGGAUCGCUGAGCGGCCCGUCUCCCGCUGCGCACCAGUCGUCGUUCUUCAGCCGUUUGAAGCCGCAGCAAGCGCAGAUUGGCGAAGAGGAGGACACCGAAUCCGAGGCGUCUACCGAAGAAGAAACCUCGGAGGAAGAAGAGGAGGACGAGGAGGAAGACGAUGAAGAGGACGAGGAGGAGGAAGAGACUGUGGCGGCGCAGCCUGAAAGACCCAAGACGCCCACGACGCCCACGCGCAAGAUCUCGUCCACGCAGCAGGGCACCAAGAAGGAAGAGGACAUGACCUCCUCCGUGUCAGCGCUGCUCAAUAGGAGCGCCCAGGCACGGCGAGGUAGCCAGGACGUGCGCUCCUCGACACCCACGUCGGGCAGGCACUCACAAUACGCCAGGGAUAAGGAGGAAGGAAGCCCCAGGAGUCGCUUCCAAUCCUGGAGGGAGACGCCGUCUUCGUCGGUGGAUGACCCCACCAUGGUGUCCUCCUCCCGGUAUGGCGGCACCUCCUUCUUGGCCAGUCGAAGGCGCGCUGGAGAGGAUGACCCACCUAGAGGGGAGGACAGUGGUCCCGGAAGCCGCUUUCUAAGCCGCAGCCGGAGUUCGGCACUCAUGGACCAGCCGGAGCCACGAGCCGAUCGGCGUAAGAAUCAGCAGGAAAGUGCCACCCCGACUGCGAGGUCUCCGGCGGCGAAUCCGACGUCGUCUUCGGCGGCAGCGCUGCGUAGGAGCCGGCUGACUCGCAGCAAGAGCUCCAAUGAGAUGCUGCCUGGAGAAGGCGACAGCGGUGAUGAAGCCAACCAGCCGCCGCCGUCGUACCGGAGUCGCUACGGCCAGCCGGAGAGCUCACCGGCCCUCAGUGGUAGCGGCUCUCUGUCCCGCUCGAAAAGCAGCCAUGCGGUCAAGGACAGCUCUCCGGACGCGGGCGACUACGGUGGCUCUGGCGGUGGGCCCGGGGCGUCGUCCAGCUGGGCGCAGUACCUGCGCAACAAGUACGGCUCCCGCGGAACCAGCGGUGCCGGCAGCUCGUCGGGGUAUGGACCCAAGAGUGUGUCCCGGUCCCGCAGCUCUCAUGCAGUCUACAGCCGCAGCGGCAGCGACGACAACAGCUCGGAGGACGAGGACGUUCCUGCCCGGGGCCGUGGUCCGGAGGCCGGCAGCAGCUCUUCGCGUCACGAUGGACAGUACGGCAGCUACGGCUUUCCUCGAAGCAUGUAUCUUCAAAAGCGCCGUAUGCAGCUCAAGAUCGGCACGCGCGGAACUGAACCCGGCUGCUUCACGUGGCCAAGGGGUGUCGCUGUCGGACCGGACAACUCGAUCGUGGUUGCCGACAGCAGCAACCAUAGGGUACAGGUAUUCGACGCGUCCGGCCGCUUUCAGCACGAGUUUGGCACGUACGGCAGCUCGGAGGGCGAGUUCGACUGCCUGGCCGGCGUGGCGGUGAACCGCAUCGGCCAGUUCAUCGUGUCCGACCGGUACAACCACCGCGUGCAGAUCUUCGACCCGUCGGGCCGCUUCCUCAGGGCGUUCGGCUGCGAAGGGCGCACCGACGCUCGCUUCAACUAUCCCUGGGGCAUCACCACGGACUCGCUGGGAUUCAUUUACGUGUGCGACAAGGAGAACCACAGGGUCCAAGUAUUCCAAUCGGACGGCACAUUCGUGGGCAAGUUCGGCUCGCUCGGUUCGCGACCCGGUCACCUGGAGCACCCGCACUACGUGGCCGUGUCGAACACGAACCGCGUGAUCGUGAGCGACUCGAACAACCACCGCAUCCAGAUCUUCGACGUGAACGGGCGCAGCCUCUCCACCUUCGGCUCCGAAGGGUCGGACGAAGGCCAGUUCAAGUUCCCGCGUGGCGUAGCCGUGGACGACCAGGGCUACAUCAUGGUCGGCGACUCGGGCAACAACCGCAUACAGAUCUUCCAGCCGGACGGCUCCUUCCUGCGCGCCUUUGGCCAGUGGGGCUCGGGUGACGGCGAGUUCAAGGGACUCGAAGGCAUCGCUGUCAUGCCCAGCGGCAACAUCGUCGUUUGCGACCGCGAGAACCACCGCAUACAGGUCUUCUGAGCAAAAUGCAGAUCAGAAGACGGAUCCACGCGCGCACUCAUUGUCGCGCCAUCGUCGCACUUCGGGGUGGCUGACACUGGUCCGCUUUCGGCGCCAGGACUGGACGUGUUUCCGGAAAGGAGGAGAAACCGGAAGGGGCCUUCGCAAGGAGCAAAUGCGGAACUCGGAAAAGUGGAAGUCGGUGUCUCCCAGCCUGGUCUUCUGGCCGGAGAAGAAUUCGUUUCGCCCGUUUUUAUUGUCUUUUCUACCGUCCUCUUGUUGUUUAUUUGGUGAUGAAAGCGAAGGCUGUGAUCAAGGACGUGAGUUGUCUCGAGUGUACGUGGCAUCGUCGGAUUAUGUAGCAUCUAGUUUCAACAGAAACAAAAAAAAAUUUAUUGUAAUACCGCAUGAGAGAGCAAUCGUACAAGAAAACGGUGUGCCGGUCACAGGGACUUGCCUCAGUCAUAGCUCGAUGUAUACUUACUUCAUAUGCUCCCUGAUAAACUAUUGUUGACAGUAAUGCCAUGGUGUAUACGGUAAAAGAAUUGGAAAGCGAAAGGAAAAUGUAUUGUUGCUUUGGCAGGAAAGCGUUUAGAUAUGCUUCUAGAAUUAAGAAAAAAAGUCACAGUUAACGACGGCGUACAUAACGAAUUGCAAUUGUUUGAUCGCCUUCAUGUUGUCAGUAUUGGUUGCCCCCAUUUCAUAUCGUGUUCGUCUUUCGGCGGCUCGGAAAUAACAAAAAUGAGAGGAUUAGUGAGUUUGCUAUUGAAGAGAUUGGCUCUACGCCAUCAGGUACAACGUAUUAGUGAAUCAACUAUGAAUGUACUUAGAUGUUUAUCACAUAAUGCACGAUAAUUACUGCGUGUAAUGGUUGAAUUUUAUAACGCUUAACUUGAUUUGGUAUGACACGUUCUUUUUUAUAGGGGAGGGGGGGUAUUGGAUUUUCUUUGCUAUAUGAUGGUUGUAUGCAGAUUGUCAUAACACAACAUUAUCUGUGUUUUUUUUUAUCUUCUGAAUUUGCAGUACACCUGCAGUGACGCCAUUCGUAUUUUGUGUGGUGGCCACUGUAGAAGGCCGACGUGUGUGAUUUGUAAGAGCGACCUUCCUUCUCGACUUUCUUCCCGCCAGUUUUCCUCCUUGCGUUUACAACGAAACAUGCUGUCUCCUCCAGUUUUGAAGCGUCACAGUGUUCCCAGAAUCGCGCGCCGAAAGUGAUGACGUGGCUGUAUCGCAGUUGUUCCCACGUGGGUUCGCAACGAAGUGUCUGGGUCUGGCCGUGUGUGUUGUUUCUCUAAGAGUGGAGUGUAAUGAUUUUUUCUUUGAUGAAUUCAUGACCUCAUGCUAUCGCCGCUUGCCCUGUUAAGCAUGGCAGCAGCGUUAACGAUGUGGCAUCGCUACUUGAAGUGAGCGUUUUUUCUCCGUAAAUUUAAGCAAAAAAAAACAACACUGUGGACACACAUCUACAUGAAACAACGAGUCAAUAUUUUACUUCCUUACAAACAUACGAUUUACAGAAAGCCACAGUUUGGCACUGCGAAUCUAGGAGCAAAUUUAUUCUGAUGGAUGGCAAACCAAACAUGGUUCUCACAAGGAACUAAAGAAAGUGCCUGGUUUAUUCUUCAGGUUCACUUAACUUUUUUUUCUGAUUUUGUUUGUCGGUCGGCGGCUCCUGGGGUUUCCGUUUUUUGUUUUUUUUCUUUCUCUCAGCAUUGACGCAUGUAACUAUCUCCACGUAACAUACGCACAGAUAUAUUAUCGUUCUCUUUUUGUUUUUGAAUUGUUUAGUACGUGUCGUUUUUGUUCUUUCAUUCAUACAGCUACUGAGUUUGGUCGUUGGCUUGGCAUUGCCGUGCCACUUCCCGUCACUCUUCUCAGUCGUACCGAGCCCGAUCUAUCGAAGAAAUGGUUCAGAAAUUAUGCUGAAUUUCAGUGUAGUAUUUCUUUCUUUUUGUUGUUUUGUUUGUACCGAGGAGGUAAUAAAAGAACUUCUGAAGGGCCAAUCGUUGUAGCCGUCAUGCGUUUAAAAAAUGGGACAAGUCGAAAGGGAAGUUUCUUACGGACGUGUAGGCGUAAGAGAAAGAGAGAGAGGAGGAAGAAAAAGAUGUUCAACGCGGAGUUGGGCCUUUCGUGACAGCCGCCUCUGCAGGACGGUUAUUUCCUACAUCGCUUGGCUGAUGGAGACUCGGCACAUGUCGAUGCAAGCUGCGCACAUUCGUUCAAAUGCCUUUUGUCUCUCUUCCUCUCUUUCGUUCUCGCGUUCUCCUACUCGCUUCCUGAAGGCGCACAGCGGUGCUCCAUUUAGGGCUACAGAGAAUAGCACCAAACUCUUUUUUCCUGAUCUACCAUGCCACACCUGCUCUUUAAUUAUACGUUCUAAGCCAAAAAAAAAGACAUAAAAUGUCGAUUCUGGUAACUCAGCUUAUUCGCCUAAGAGCUUGUGACGCAAGAAAGUCAGUUAAGCGUGAAGCACGUAGACUGUUUUUUAUCUGUUACACGAAGGUUAUCGCAACGAGUUAUGCCUGCCGCUGACAGCGACCAAAACAUUCAUGGCUCUUCUUUGCGUCCGUAACCUCGCUCGCUUCAGGAGUCUCUUUUGUCGACCUCCUCGGGUUUCCCUCAACCCCUCCGAGUAGUCAGACAGAGAAUAGGUAAUAUUAGUAAUAAAAAAAAAAACAUGGCGGUGUAAGACACGCCACCAUCUACUUCCUGGCAUCUCACGUCGCUAGGUUAGCGUAGCAGCUAGUCUUAUCUCGUCCCAGGCCGCGCCUUUCGCAACUGACGAAUGCUGAAGUACCUCGCCCCGUGAUUUCUUUGAGCUAGAGAGUAGGGCUAGCGACGUCAGACGCCAGGAAGCCAGCUAGCUGUACACCCGAAGCGUCCCUCUCCUCUAGCUCGUAGAAAAGACGGGUAUCUCGGCGUUCGUCAUUUGUGAAAGGCACCGAAGAGAACGUGUGCUGCGAGUGUUUAUUUAUUGAGCGAGCUCUCUUUCGCAAAGAAAGCUCCCUGUAUUUAUGCACGAGUGUUUGGAAAAUGUGUGUGUGUGUUUGGUUUGGGGGGAAGGGAAGUUUCACUUCUUUUGUGCACGGGAAAUCUUUCGGUAUGCCUCGAAAUCCGUCGCAGAUCUCUUCCCUUCAUUCUGUUCUCUCCUUCUUAUGCUCCAUUUCUUGCGCGACGCGCAGAAUCAGCGGCUUGUUGUGGCGCUGGCAGGUUUUAUUAAUGAAAGAUCCCUUGCUUGAGGAUUCGGACAAAACUCCACAAACUUUCCUGUUUUCUAGAAAUAACAAAAACAAAAGAAUAGAAAAAAAAGGAAUUUUAAAAUUGUGUACUAUUUUUACGUGAUUUGAUUUCCAGAAUACCUAUUCUUUAACGGUCCCUUGAUGUCUUUCACGAUGACUACUGUGUUGUGAGUUGCGAAAAUAAAUACAUUUCCUUCCUA